AUGGAGGAAACCUACCUGCUGAAUGUGGAAGGUGUCAAAAAGAAGAUUCUGCAUGGAGGCCACGGGGAGCUGCCAAAGGUGCAGGAUGGGAGCAAGAUCACCUUCCACUUCCAGACGCUGAAGGAUGACUUUGAGCGGACGGUGAUUGACGACAGCCGGGAAGCUGGCAUCCCCAUGGAGAUAAUUGUGGGCAAGAUGUUCAAGCUGGAGAUCUGGGAGACACUGCUCCGUUCCAUGAGAGCCGGGGAGGUGGCCGAGUUCUGGUGCGAUGCCAUUCACACAGGCAUGUACGCCCUGGUCUCCAGGGGCAUGCGGAGGAUCGCAGAGGGCCGGGACCCCCUGGAAGGGCAGAAGCACCGCUGUGGCAUGGGCAACAUGUUUGACUACCACAGCACAGGCUAUGAGGACCUGGACGAGCUGCAGCGGACGCCACAGCCCCUCAUCUUCAUCAUGGAGUUGUUCCGGGUGGAGGAGCCCUCGGCAUACAAACGUGACACCUGGGCUAUGAACAAGGAGGAGAAGCUGGCAGCAGUGCCCGUGCUGCACAGCGAGGGCAACCGCCUCGUCCUGCGCAAGGAGUUUGGGCUGGCAGCGGAGAAGUACCAGGAGGCUGUCAUCUGCCUGAGGAAUCUCCAGGCCAAGGAGAAGCCAUGGGAGGAAGGCUGGCUGAAGCUGGAGAGCCUGGUAACACCACUGGUGCUCAACUACUGCCAGUGCCAGCUGGAGCUGGGCGAGUACUACGAGGUGCUGGAGCACACAACAGAGCUCCUCCAGAAACACAAAGACAACGCCAAGGCCUAUUUCAAGCGGGCGAAGGCCCACGCUGCUGUCUGGAAUGAGCGGGAGGCGCGGGAGGACUUCAUGCGCGUGGCUCAGCUCGACCCCUCCAUGGCGGCUGCUGUGAAGAAGGAGCUGAAGCUGCUGGGGGAGAGGAUGAAGACAAAGAACGUGGAGGAUCGG